AUGAAGUUCUCUCCUGCUUACCUGCUUUCCUUCGCGCCAAUUGUCGCCGCUCACUUUACACUCCAAUAUCCCACGAGUCGCGGCUUCGAUGAGGACACAAUGCCUAACUUUCCCUGCGGUGGCAUGGCCCAAUCCUCCAACAGGACUCAGGUGUCUAUUUCCUCGGGCUCCUUCCCUGUUGCCUUGAGGAUGGGUCACGAUGAGACUGCUGUUGAGGUCCUCUUGGCUCUUGGAAACGACCCCGGCACCAAUUUCAACAUCACUCUCCAUCCCACUUUCCGUAUUGAAGGACUGGGCGAAUUCUGUCUGCCUCAUGUCGUGUUUGAUGAGUCUGUACUGGGCACAAACAUCACCGACGGCAUGAACGCAACUCUGCAAGUGCAGAGCAAUGGUGAUCCCAGCGGAGGUCUCUACGCUUGCGCCGACAUCCAGUUCUCUUCGACCGCACAGUAUGAAGAACCCUCGUCGUGCACGAACAACACUGGCAUUUCCGCUAUUGCAUUCACCGGUGCCGCUGCCCAGCGCAAUGCCAACGAGUCCACUGCCGAUGGUCAAGCCCAGAGCGGCAGCUCCGGUUCCAGCUCCAGCUCCGGCUCCGGCUCCUCGGCUACCCAAACUUCGAGUACCACUGCAUCCUCCACUGCUGGCGCUGUCGCUCUGGAGACAGCUGCCUGGGGAAUCCUGGGUGCGGCCGUUGUUGGUGGCCUUGCCGUUCUGUAG